ACGGGGCCAGGACAAUGGCUUUCAUCUCUGCCUUGGCGAUUUUGACCCUAGUGGCUUCAGCUGAAGCAAGUGUUGGACCGAGUACCAACACCAGCUUCUGCACAGAGUCAAAGGAAUGUCUGGAGUACGAGCUAGUCUGCAAAACAGAUGAGUACGAGGUGCGACACUACAGCCCCACUCGCUGGGUGUCAACAGAUGCUGAAGCCUAUUUCAUGGGAGUGGGUGCAGCCAUGGCCUUCAGGAGACUUUUCCAGUACAUAACCGGAGCCAAUGAAGGAGGCAUCCAAAUGGAGAUGACUGCCCCUGUCCUGGUCAAGAUUCCAGAGGAGACCAAGAUGUGGGAGCCGGCUAUCUACACCCUAAGCUUCCCGCUGCCGGCUGCCUAUCAGGACAAACCUCCCGCACCCACCAGUGACAAGCUGUACUUCACUGAGAUGCGGGAGAUGGACGUGUAUGUGAGGAGUUAUGGGGGCUGGAUGCUGUCCGUCACCUCCAGGCUUCACACUCACCUGCUGACCAAAGAACUGGAGAGAGUUCGAGCUUCCUAUAACCACAGUUACCACUAUGGAGUUGGCUAUGACAGUCCCUUGAAGCUGCUGAAGAGGCACAAUGAGGUGUGGUAUGUGGCCGAGGGAGAGCCAGUUUGCACUGAUCCACAGGAACCGACCCCUCCACACACUCCCAGGCCGACUCUGACAGAGUCACCCACAAACUCCCCGUCUGACCCUCUCCCCCACACACUCUCUGAUUCACCCUCACUCACUCCCUCCAACUUGUCCUUGUAUACAACAUCCAACUCCUCUUCACAAACGCCGUCUGACACAGCGUCUCUUCCCCCAUCUGACGCUCCUUCGAGUCCUUCCUCCCACCUUCCUGCCGAGGUCGCAUUCAGCCACCCUCCUACCUCUGCCCAGAUUCUGCUCGACCCAACUACCAACUCCUCCGAUCCUGUCUCUGUGAGCCCAUCUCUGGAGCCCCAGUCUGAUGUUGGCCUGUGGAACAGCACAGCCCACAGCUCUGUGGAUACACAAGCUGACAGCAACCCUGUGGUCGAGCCAGAUGACGCUCAUUAACACCCUACACAUUUUCUUUAAGCAGCUAUUCCAGCUUCACCUUUCCCAACUCCAACUCCAACUCUGAUUCUGCUGCUGAAACCGAAGCUACCGAUGACCCGUCAAUGGACCUUGGCAGUGGCGAACACAUGGCUCCCAAAUAUGCAAAAAAGAAGUUGGAUG